UUAGCAGGGUAAUGAGAUAAGUUCUGAAGAAGGAACUACAUCAACUUGUGACAAAAGAAUAACAUCAGCUCAUUUAGAAGUCGGUCAUGGUAAAAUAUGCAUACCCUCUAUUUCAAUUGUCAAUACAGAGCCUCCUCCCACCAAAGACAUUGAUAUUGGAGAUUCUCGGAAAACUAUCGCCAUGGAAGACAUUAACAAGCUGAUUAAAGAAGACCCACUUUUUGCACUUGAAAAGCUUCUUGUUGGACAAGUCUCAAUUUUCUCCAUUCGAAUUUUACUUCAAGAAUUGAAGAGUUUGAUGGACUCAUCAUCCUACCUUGACCAUCUUAUAUCGAACCAAGAGUCGAAAUCAAAAUUGUUUUCUCUUUUUGGUCAGCUGAAUCAGCACCAAGGACUCCUACCUUCACAUGUGAAGGAGUUUAUUGAGAAAGUGCAGACCUUCUUCAUUGACAUCAUUAUCAAAUAUACCACUUUUCAACAAGUACUUAAGAAGCACAACCAACUUCUUGAUUCAAAAAGCGAUCUAGUGAACAAACUUUGGAGUGCAUAUAGUACACAAACCCGCAUUGACCAUGAAAUUUCAACUGCCAAUGCUCGGAUAGAUGAGCUCUCUUUUCAAACUGAUGAGCAUACAAAAAAGUUGGAAGAUAUUGAGAAUCAAAGAGAAGAUUUGAAGUCAGUAGUGAACAAUUGCAAUGUUCAGAAGAACAAGUUGAAGGCUGAAUGUACUGAGUGGGCUCAACAAAGCAAAGAAUUACUUUCUGCACUUGCAUCAUCGGAGGUCGACGUAAGAGAAGCUGAACGUGUGAGGAAUCUGGCAACAGAAGGCUUUGCAAAUUUAAAGUCUUCAUUUCCUACAUUUUAGGAAGGAACCAGAUAUAUGCCCCCACACAAAAAUAGACUAGGCUUUCUGCACUUGCGUUAACGGAGGUCGAUGUCAUAGAAGUUGUACGAGGAAUUUGGUAACAGAAGGCUUUGCUAAUUUAAAAUCUUCAUUUCCUAAAAUUCGGGAAGAACUAGAUAUAUACCCGCACACGAAAAUAAGUUGGGGAGUCCUAAUUAUCGUUUUUGUUAAUGUUUUCUUUUGUACGCUUAGUGCUGCACUCUUUUUUCCUUCACCUGGUUUUAUCCCAUUGGGUUUUACAGUAAGGUUUUUAAUGAGGCAGUUGUAUGACACUGUUAUUCCCUUGUGUAAUAUUGAUUGUCCUACUCCCCAAGUUUGUAUUCUUUUUAACCUUAAUUUUAAUGAUAUGAUUGGAGUGCUCCAGAUGACACAGGUGUUAGGAUUGUGAUGCCAA